UGUUCGUCGAUCUCCGCCAACGUUCGUUACGGGGAGUGUCCGGCGAUGUAGCGUCACGUUUGUGGUGUAACGCUCGCGCUUUUAUUUCGCAUUUUUUAUUUCUAUCUAUUUGGAGAGCUUAAUUCACAAAUUCUAUCGUAUGAGUAUAGAUACUUCCAAGAUGUUCUAUUUGUUAAGUAUUGUGGUAUUUUCCCUAGUCUUAUCACUGCCUGUGCAUGCACAAAGUAAUGUUUAUGGAGAACAAACUUAUGUGUGUCCCCAAUACUGGACAAAAUUCCAAGACUCGUGCUAUCGUUUUAUCAAGAGUCCAUUGAGAUCACGAGAUGAUGCACGCAGGAAUUGUCAAGCAUUUCAAAGUGAUCUGCUUACUAUUAACACAUUGGAAGAGCAUGUAUUUAUACUCUAUCAAUUGCUGUGGCAAGAUCCACAGCAUCGCAGGUGGUAUACCGGUGUAAAGCAACAGAAUGGCAUAUGGAUAAAUGAGGCUGACAGUUUAACCUUGUUAAAUUUGGAUAAUGCCUUCUUGCCUGAACCUAACGACAAUGUAAUAGGGAGAGACUAUCUGGCAUACUCUUACAGUAAUGCGCUCCAACGUUGGGGAUUGGAGAAAGUUACGGGCAGGGAGGAGCUCUUGUAUAUUUGUGAAGCAUAUGCUGUUAAUCUCCAGAAUUUAGUAGAGGAUGAUCGUACUUACCAGUAUGGCAUCGAAAUUGAUAAUCCUCUUCAGAUACCUAGAGGACCAUAUUUUAUUAAACAACCCAAGAAUAAAGUAUAUGAUCCAUCAAAGAAAAGAGUAAAUAAUUAUAUUGACUUGAGCUGCUUAGCAGGAGGUUAUCCUACACCGACCUAUGAAUGGUUCAAGGAAGAUUAUGAAAAUGAUAAACUUAAGGCAAUAAAAAUUGAUCCUCUUUUAAAUCCUAACAUUACUAUAAGUGGUGGAACAUUAAUCAUCUAUGACCCAGCACAGACAGCAGAUCGUGGUACAUACCAUUGUAAAGCAUCUAACAAAUUUGGUACAAUUAUAUCUGAGAGUGUUGAGCUCUCGUUCGGAUAUAUUUUAGAGUUCAAUUUGAAGCGUUCGGAAGAACGUGGCGAUAAACAUUGGGGUAAAGCAAUGUAUUGUGAUCCGCCGCAACAUUUUCCUGAAGUGAAGUAUUAUUGGGUACGCGAGUCCUUCCCCACUUUCGUCCAAGAGGACCAACGUGUAUUCGUUUCGCACGACGGUGCCCUUUACUUCUCUGCGUUAGAAACGGUUGACCAAGGAACCUAUUCAUGCAAUGUUCAAAGCCUUGCAUCCGAUACCGGACGUAAUGGGCCGUUUUUCUUCUUAAAAGUGGAGCCGCACUCCUCGUAUCAGCAAUUGAAGUUCCCCAACAAUUUUCCAAAAGCUUUUCCAGAGGCACCGAUAGCUGGAGAGGAAGUUAGACUGGAAUGCAUCGCAUUUGGAUAUCCUGUUCCAUCGUACAAUUGGACAAGAAAAGGCGCCGAUUUACCACGUGGAGCGUACAUGACAGCAUACAAUCGGGUGUUAAUAAUACCGGAAGUACGUGUGGAGGACCAGGGCGAGUACUAUUGUCGGGUGCAAAACGACAGGCUAUCGAUCGAGAAUUCUGUGCGAUUGAUCAUACAAGCGGCGCCUAACUUCACCAUCCCGUUGGUCGACAAACAUAUGGACAACAGGGGAGAUCUGACUUGGACCUGUGAGGCUUUUGGUAUACCAGACGUCACCUAUACUUGGCUUAGGAACGGAGAGCCUUUGGAUAACUUCACUAUACCACCUCAAGACAGAGAUCGCUAUAUUAUACAAGAUAAUGUAUUAACUAUCAAACAUCUUGAUCGCGCGAGGGAUGAAGCUAUGUAUCAGUGCCGUGCGAGAAAUCAAUUGAAGACCACAUACUCGUCAGGGCAACUGAGAGUGUUGUCAUUAAAGCCGUCUUUCAAAAAACGGCCUAUGGAAUCAGAGACGUACGCGGCAGAAGGAGGUAACGUCACAAUCGUGUGCAAACCAGAAGCCGCACCUCGACCGAAAUUUGUCUGGAAGAAAGAUGGAAACGUAAUUGGCUCGGGUGGUAGGCGAAAAAUUUUGGAAACUGGGAAUCUCAUUAUUAGUCCGGUGUCGAGAGAUGACGAAGGUACUUACGUGUGCACAGCGACAAAUGAAUAUGGCAGUGAUGAAACUCGUGGGCGACUAAUUGUACUACGUAGACCCCAAUUUAUUGAAAGAUUGCCGCCCCGGAUACUCAUGUCGUACAAUCAAAAUCAAACAUUACGGUGCUUAGGCCAUACAGACGAGAUGUUAGAUGUUGCAUAUAUUUGGAAGCAUAACGGAAUGCGAAUUCGUACUAAAGAUUUGCUAAACAAUCCACGAUUAAACAUCGAUGGCGAAUAUCUGGAUAUCAUAAACGCAACGUUCGUCGAAGCAGGCGAUUACGAGUGCGUUUUGAAGAGCGCUGUUGGUGAAAUAUCGUCUAAGACUAUGCUGAUCGUGGAGGGCCCACCAGGACCACCUGGUGGAGUACAGAUCGCGAACAUUGUUAAAACCUCUAUGACGUUACGGUGGACCGACGGCGCGUUAAAUGGCAGACCGAUAACCAUGUAUACGAUCACUGCGCGCACGAAAUGGAAUUCCACAUGGUUUCCUUUGGCAGAAAACAUUACGACGGCUACUGAGACGGACAGGUAUAACGGGCGAAAAGAAGUAUACUUGGAAAAUGUCUUGAGUCCUUAUUCCACGUACGAGUUCCGCGUAAUGGCCUUCAACGAGUACGGUUACGGGCCAUUCUCGUCUGCUUCACCUACAUACAGCACUCCGUCCGAUAAACCCUAUAAAGCACCGUCGAAUAUUAGCGGUGGAGGCGGCAAGAAAAAAGACCUCACGAUCACAUGGGACCGUCUCAGUCCGACCGAUCAGAACGGUCCCGGAAUUCAUUACAAGGUAUUUUGGCGCCGCAAGGGCCACGAUAAGGAGUUUCAGUCGUUAUUGCUGAAGGACUUAGGCAACGUCGGUGUAGCUGUCGUACAGAUCAGCGAGACGUUUUAUUAUACGAAGUACGAAGUGCGGGUACAGGCGAUCAAUGAAUUAGGCGAAGGUCCUAUCUCGGAUAUAUACACGAUAUAUAGCGCAGAAGACAUGCCACAGAUCGGGCCGCAAUUAGUGGUCGCUGUGGGCUACAACAGCACCAGCUUGAAUGUAAGCUGGAAUUCGAUCAAUACGAGUCGCGAAGUGUCACGAGGCAAACUGAUCGGCCACCGACUCAAGUACUGGAAGAUGAAUUACCCCGAGGAAAGCUCCGUUUAUUAUUUGUCACGCACUACGCGACCUUGGGCGCUAGUCGUCGGUUUGCAACCAGAUACUUAUUAUUACGUAAAGGUGAUAGCCUACAACACUGCCGGGGAAGGUCCGGAGAGUGAACGGUACCUGGAAAGAACAUACCGCAAGCCGCCGCAAAAACCACCGUCCGCGGUUUCCGUGUUCGGCGUAAAUCCAUCGACAGUGAGAGUCACCUGGCGCUAUGUGCAGCCUAGUUUAGACGAGGAGCCACUGAUAGGAUACAAGAUUCGAGUAUGGGACGUGGAUCGCGACAUGAGCACUGCGAACGAUACUAUUAUACCCGGCGGCUCGAAGCUGGAAACUUACAUUAGUAAUCUGAGUCCGGGCAAAGUUUAUAAUCUACGAGUCCUCGGAUUCAGUCUCGGCGGCGAUGGCCGAAUGUCCAGUCCAACGCACACAUUCCAAAUGGGCGACGCGGCCGCCUUCAGAAGCAGCGCUGGGACCACGUUUCUGAACAUCGGUCUUGGUAUUUCUGUAAUGUUAUCAGUCAUGUUGCGAAUUCUCAACCGUUCGGUGCGCAUGACGCGUCUCCUCAGAAGAAACACGGAGGCCGUUUGCGUAUCGGGUACGAGAAACCUGAACCUGCUGGAGUACCAGAGCAAAGAACUUCUACGUGACUGCGGCGUGUCGGUACAAAAUUUCGCUAUCGUCGAUGACUUAACCAAGACGAGUUCGGCUCUGGAAAAGCUCCAUGAGGGUGAAUAUGUUAUUAAGGCCCAAGUGUUAGCUGGAGGCCGUGGUAAAGGCUGGUUCGAUAAUGGAUUUAAAGGAGGUGUACAUCUUACCAGAGACCGUGAUAUUGUUUCAAAUUACGUGAAGAAUAUGCUUGGCCAUCGGCUUAUCACUAAGCAGACUUCGAAGGAUGGUAUACCAGUGCAGAAAAUUAUGAUCGCCGAGUCAGUAGAUAUUGCACGCGAGACUUACAUCUGUAUUCUCAUGGAUCGAGAGUAUAACGGCCCGGUGCUGAUAGCAUCUCCCGCCGGUGGGAUGGACAUUGAGACUGUGGCAGAGAAGAACCCUGAGCAGAUCAAAACCGUUCCGUUGGACAUUUAUCACGGAAUUAACGACGAAGUAGCGAAAGAUGUGAGCAUCUUCUUGGGAUUCUCUGAUCCCGAUAUCCUUAAGAAAGCCAUGUACGAAUUGAAGAAUCUGUGGAAGCUGUUCGUGGACAUCGAUGCUCUGCAAGUUGAGAUCAAUCCAUUGGUGGAAACGAAAGACAAGCAAGUGAUAGCGGUGGACGCGAAAAUCGCGUUCGACGACAAUGCUCAAUUUAGACAGCAGGAUCUGUUCGCCUUAGAGGAUGUUACCGAGAAGGAUCCCCGUGAAGUGGAUGCGUCGCGUUUCAACUUGAAUUAUAUCGGCAUGGAAGGCAACAUAGGAUGUUUAGUAAAUGGGGCUGGCUUAGCUAUGGCUACAAUGGAUAUUAUUAAGUUGAAUGGGGGAUCGCCUGCUAACUUUCUGGAUGUUGGCGGUAACGUGAAAGAGGAGCAAGUCUUCCAAGCAUUUAGAAUACUUAGUGAAGAUCCAAAAGUCAAAGUUAUUUUCGUUAACGUUUUUGGAGGCAUCGUGAAUUGCGCAACAAUAGCGAGGGGAAUUAUCGCAGCAUCGCGUAACUUAGGACUUCAAAUACCGCUCGUUGUCAGGCUAGAAGGCACUAACGUGACAGAAGCCAAAAAAGUUUUAGCCGAAUCGGGAUUGCCCAUUGUCACAGCGAAUAACUUAGACGAAGCGGCGAAAAAAGCGGUAAUCUCUGUAAAAGCGUAACUAUAUCGAUACGACAGUACGCGUUGUCAACUCAUACUUAUUCAAGACUGGAAACCUCGCUAGUUUUAAUGCAAGGGAGUAAUAACUCCAUACAAAAGCACAAUUCGUGAAGCGGGAGGGGGGUGAUAUUAUAUUUACGCUACUGUUUGUAUAAUAUGAUACAAUCAAAUACUUCCACAUUAAAUUUUUUUUUGUAGGAAUUUUUAUAUACAUUAUAUUUUACAAUUAUUAUGGUAUAAGUGCGUUUUUUUGUUUUAUUGGUCUUUUUAGAAAGAUAUAGCAUGUGGAAUUGCAUUUGAUAUAUUUAGAAUAUUUUGUUAUAAUUUGUUCAUUUAUUAGACACUCGAUCCCAAUUUGUUUUUACAGAUCUCUGUAAGGAACGAACAGAAAGAAUUGUAUCAUUUAUUAGUUACAUAGUUGGCAGCGUUGCUAAAUCAUUCUGUAUGUAUAUGCUUUUUUUACUUUGUAAAUACAUUAAUUUUUUUAGGUAAACCUAGAACAAUUUAUAUAUAUUGCAAGAAAAAAAUAAAUAUGUAUAUUCUGUUUCAAAUCUUAA